AUUUUACAUAAUGUUGUGGAAACUAGCAGAAGGUGUUGGUUUGGAAGAUCUUGUGCCAAUACCAAAAGCACAGCCGGGCCGACAUUUUACUACCGGUCAUCGCAUAUUGGGCAGCAUGACUCCUGCUCUCGAUGCCAAAUACGCGCAGAUGACAUAUGGAGAGCAUUAUAGAAAGAAAGUUGAAGCUGCUUUGAAGAGUGAGCGCCAGCGAUGCGCUGACGUUUUGAUCGAGCAGAAGAAAAAAGCUACGGCGCAGAAGAAGUUAACACCGACAAUGAAAACACCAGUCUCCUCUCGAUUUGGAACAAGACCUCGGCCUCGAUAUGAUUUAAACGAAUUACGUCAUCAUCAGAGGAGAUGCGCAGCUUUGCUUUUCAGAGCAAGGGAACAAGGGGCCCAUAAGUUACCAGUUUUGGUCCAAUGGGCUCCCAAGCGACGUGAAAGUUAUUAUCUAAUGAGCGAACGGGUUUACAAUGAUCGUGUUUUGAUGAAGAUGAGGGCAGACGCAGGAGACAGCCCCCUUAACUUUGACUUCGCAAACACCGACGGUGAAACAGACAAUCUGCAUGACUUCCAAAAAUUAAUAGAUAAAACUUCCAAGGACAUUAAGGGUAUGAGCUUUGAUACGAAGUUCCAAGAUUACGAUUAUGACUUCGGUGAAAAUGAAGAGGGAAAUAAACAAAUGACAACAAAAAAUGAAAAUGAACAAGAAAAUGCAAGAAGUAACGGAGGGAAAAGUCGGCGUAAGGUGGUGUUCAGUGAUCACGUGACGGAGUCCGACACCGACGCUAUCGACGCCAAGUCCCUCGCGCGCUCUAAGCGACGGGAACGGACACGAUUAAACAAGGGAUUGGACCCGAGUGAUAUCGACCUGAGUUUUGAUUCUGGAGAUGAGGUCUCGGAUGGACAGUUCGACUCAGCAGGCGAUCAAGGCGCAGAUACAACUGGUUUAAGACUAAGAGAUUCCAAAAAGUCAAGUCGUUCUAGGAAGUCUCAUAGAGGGUUGUCUAGUCCGGAUCUAUUAUCUCUUUUACAGGGAAACUCAGGCGACGAAUACAGCAGCGAUUUUAUGUCUGACGAUGAUUUAGACGUAAAACAGUCUGGUGACGAGGGUGGAAUAGAGCUGACGGAAAACGGGAACGAGGACCCAGCUGGAAAAAGGCUCCACAGAAAUAAACAUUGUAAACAUGCACUGAAACAAAAAGCGCAAGAUUACUACAAUAAAUUACCCAAACUACUCAAAACAGCGGAGCUAAGGGCUAAGCUUCCAGUGAAAUCGAGAGAAACAAAAAUGAACAAAAUUGGCAGCGAAGUUGACCACACAUGCAUGGAGCAGCACAAGACGGCUUAUGACAGGGCCCUGGCCCUAGCUAGGUUUAGGUCUCUUCCAUUUAGUUACUCAUUUUUGUCCCGUGAAAUUAACAGAAUGCACUCGUUUUCGUAUUUUUCUGGCCUCCCUGGAAGCGAAAAACCACCGGAAGAUGAAGAACAGGGUGAUAAUAAGUUGCCGAAGAAGAAACAGGCGCAACCCUCCCGAGGCGGAAGAGAGGCAAUUUUUGGUGAUAUAGAUAUGGACGAUUUUUACAACCAAGAAGAUGAACUCGUUUAUUAUGUUAAAUCCGAAGAGUUGAAGAAUGUCGUUGCAUCCACAACAACUGGCGAUGAGAGUAGUAGAGUUGAAGAUGAUAUUUCGUCUCGGUCAGGAACUACUUACACCUCGCGUUCUAACACUGUCAAACCUUACUCCACUCUGGAGUCAGAAAAUGAAUUUUGAACUAGCUCAGUUCGAAUCAGUUAGAGUCGCCUUAGAGUCGCCUUAACCCUGGUUGGGGUUGGAGGAUUUUGCUUGCGUCACAAUAAAAUACCC